AUGGUAACGCAGUUCCGUGUGGCAGUCGGAGCUACACCAGAAGACAUCGGAUUUGAUGAGACUUCCUUCAUCUUCUUUCUGCUUGGCAUGGGGACACUUGAUGCGGCAGCUGGGAUGCAGUCCACUCCUGGUCACUUUUUUCACUGUGGCCAUGGAGCAGGCUCCAGCACACCCAAUGUCAUAGAGAGAUCAAUAUAUCCAACUACUCCGGCUGAGGAACGCGAGUCCUCCGCAUCAGCCAGGCAGAGGAGAAGCAGACUAGUCCCUGCGACGUAUGACCCUGACGUCAUCGCCACAGAAAGACCUCCACGUGAUCCGCGCACGGAUUCGAAAUGCGAAGAUGUCGAGAAAAUCUCCGUGACUGUGAAAACACACAAGGAAAAGCACGUCGUGGAGAUCGCCGAAAACGCUUCCAUCGACCAAUUCAAAGAUGAAGUCGCGAAGAAGUUCGGGGCGAAGAAGGAACAGUUGUGUCUCAUCUUCGCCGGGAAGAUAUUGAAAGAUCAGGACACAUUGUCUUCCUACGGAAUAAAGGAUGGGCUGGCUAUCCACCUGGUCAUCAAGUCAGGGACUCAGACCCGGUCUAAUCAGCCUGCAUCAUCCUCUGAAGCCCCGAGCCAGUCCCAGCAAAGCCAAGGACCACUCCCAUUUGGUCUUGGCAUUCUUGGAAACAUGGGACUCGGGGGCUUGGAGAACCUUGGGCAUGGAACAGGUAAUUUCAUGGAGAUGCAGCAACGGAUGCAACGAGACAUUCUCUCGAACCCUGAAAUGCUACAGCAGGUCAUGGACAAUCCCCUUGUCCAGAGCCUGAUGAACAACCCUGAAUACCUACGAGGUUAUAAUGCCUUGAGGCGAAUGUACACAGAUAUCCAGGAGCCGAUGCUAAAUGCAGCCCAGGAGCAGUUUGGUAGGAAUCCCUUUGCAUCUCUUGUUGGCAACAGUGGCUCCUCCCCUGCAGAGACCAGUUCCCAGGAGGGCCCCAACUCUGGAACAGAGAAUCGAGAACCCCUUCCCAACCCAUGGGCACCACCCAGCAAUCCAAGCUCGGGGGGAGGAGGAUCUAGCUCUCGGAGUCCACCGGGUCUUGGGGGUAUGUUUAAUACUCCUGGGAUGCAGAGCCUCAUGCAACAGAUGGCAGAGAAUCCUCAGCUCAUGCAGAACAUGCUCUCUGCUCCUUAUACCCAGCACAUGUUCCAGGAACUGGCUGCUAACCCUGACCUGGCAUCUCGGAUCAUAUCCUCCAACCCGAUGUUCUCUGGGAACCCAGAGCUUCAGGAGCAGAUGCGCACCAUGAUGCCCCAGCUCAUGAACCAGAUGAUGAACCCUGAGGUCACAAGCAUGAUGUCAAAUCCUCAGGCCCUCCAGGCCAUCCUGCAAAUUCAACAGGGCAUGGACCAGCUGAGGCAACAUGCCCCUGGCCUUUUGGGAUCACUGGGUCCAAGUUUGCCAAGAAUGCCCGGAACAACAAGUGCCACGACGACCACCGCCCCAACUACGAGCACGACGACGUCCACCACCUCUACUGCACCUGCAACUUCCCCCUCGUCAAAUGAUGCUUUCACGCAAUACAUGGCUCAGAUGAUAUCCACACUGGCCCUGCAACAGGGUCUUGGGAACCAAUCCCAGCCCCCCGAGCAGAGGUAUCGUGCUCAGCUUGAGCAGCUGGCAGCCAUGGGUUUUGUGAACCGGGAAGCAAACAUUCAAGAAAAAAACAAAGAGGGUGACAGGGAGUGGGAGUGGACAAUGCCACUGACAGAGGAAGCUCGGUCAGCUGUUGGGGUCCUGCACCGCAUCCAAGCCAUCGUGGAUGGGGACGUGAAGGACCCCAAGGUGUCUGGCCAGAUGACCAAGGACUUGGGCAUCCUCUACUCCAUCCUCCAGUGUCCUGUGUUCACUGAUCUCCUCAAGAUCGAGGAUUCCCUGACAGAGCUGUCAGAGCAGAUCCUCACCCACCCUUCACUCCUCCCAGAGGACUUCCACAUCUCCAAGGAUGGGUCCCUUACACUACGCCUUCCUGAGGAGCCAGACAUCUCUGACCACCUCUCAGUUGGCCUUGUCAAUAAGGAAUACUCCUCCUCUGAUCAGGAAAGUGAUGUUUCCAGCCAGGAUGUGGUUGAGACAUCCCAAUACCCAAUGGGAGACGAGAUCCAUGAGCAGGUUUCAGACUAUGUGAGUCCGGGUAAGGAUGUUUUCUACAUUGAUCUCUACAAACCUGAGGGGUCAAACCUUGGCUUCUCCUUGGUUGGGCUUAAAAGUGACCAACGAGGUGAGCUUGGCAUCUACGUUCAAGAAGUGCAGCCCAAUGGUAUUGCAGCCGAAGAUGGACGCAUGCGUGAGGGUGACCAGAUCCUGGCUGUUGACGGUCAGCCUCUGCACUCACAGAUGAGCCAUCAACAAGCAAUCCGAAUUUUGCAAAAUGCUCAAGGGAAGGUGUCCUUGGUUGUGGCUCGCAUGACCCGAUCUAGACCUUCGACCCCACAUCGCAAGACACCCGAAUAUCCCCUGAUUUCAUCUGAGUAUGCUCAGGUUGAGGUAGUUGACCUGGUGAACAAGGGCCAGGGCCUUGGCUUUGGGAUUGUUGGUGGGGAAUCAACUGGGGUAAUCAUCAAGACCAUCCUACCAGGUGGGGUGGCAGAUCAGGAUGGGCGGCUGCAAAGUGGAGACCAUCUCCUUUGUAUUGGAGAGAUUUACCUCAAUGGGUUGACAUCAGAGCAAGUUGCCAGUGUCCUGAGACAUGCUGGGAGUCAUGUUCGAUUGGUUGUUGCUCGUCCAUUUGAGAUUGCGAGUCAGUGUGCUUCCUUCCACACACCCAUAGUCCCGUCUCGCAUCCUUGCCGACUCCAAGGAACUUGAGAAAUACCUCCUGAUUAACAAGCUAAGGAAAGAGAGAGAGUGGGAGUCAGAAGAACUUAGUGCUGAAGAAUACCCAUCAGAUGUAGAGUCUUGUCCUGAGGUGGAAAUGUUUGAUGUGCAUCUCAACAAGGAUUCCCAAGGGCUGGGAAUCACAAUAGCUGGGUACGUCUGUGAGAAAGAGGGUCUGUCGGGGAUCUUUGUCAAAAGUGUGAAUCCUGGCAGUGCUGCUGCUGCAAGUGGAAAAAUUCAAGUCAAUGAUCAGAUUGUUGAAGUCGAUGGAAAUUCCCUAUCUGGCUACAGUAACCACCAGGCUGUAGAACUCCUCCGCCACACUGGCUCCAUGGUUCAUCUCAGACUGGCCCGGUUCCUUCGUGGACCAAAAUUUGAGCAGCUUCAGAUGGCCAUUGCUGCCACACAGCCCUCUCGCAUAAAAGACCGAGACCUCUCAGCCAUUAAAGCAAAGUGGCAAACUUUGAUGGGUCCUGAGUAUGAGGUAUUGGUUUCAGAGAUCCUGAAACAUGAUGAGAGUGGUGGCCUUGGAAUUAGUCUAGAAGGGACUGUAGAUGUCGAGAAUGGCCGUGAGGUUAGACCACAUCACUACAUCCGAUCUGUUCUCCCUGGUGGACCAGUGGGACGGUGUGAGGUGUUUGAGAGCGGGGACGAGCUUUUGGAAGUGAAUGGAAAGAAGUUGCUUGGCUUGAACCACCGAGAUGUGGUGUUCAUUCUGAAAGAGGUAUCCUCCCCAGUCAUAAUGGUAUGUGCUCGAAUGCUUCCAUCAGCUUUGGCAGAUUCACAUCCCCAGCCAAAACUCCUAGUCAAAGCCAAAUCAGAUGGCUCUAUUGCCAGUCCUCCUCCUGAUAAGUCCUCUCCCUCACUCUUGAAAGCACGUUCUAUGGAGCCUUUGACAGGUCUGGCCAUGUGGAGCGACUCAAUUGUGUACGUGGAUCUCCACAAGGGUGAGCGGGGCCUAGGAUUUUCCAUCCUUGACUACCAGAAUCCUCUGGAUCCAGAUAAGACAGUAGUUCUUAUAAGGAGUCUGGUUCCUGGUGGUGUGGCACAACAGGAUGGACAGAUCAUCCCAGGUGAUCGUCUUAUGUCAGUUAACAAAAAUGAUGUGUCUAAUGCAUCAUUGGAUGCUGCUGUUCAGGCAUUGAAGGGAGCCCCAAAGGGAAUUGUAAGGCUUGGGAUUGCCAAACCAUUGCAGGUGUCUGAACAAGACUUCUCAAUCACAUCAUCACAGGCUAAUCUUCUUCCCGCUUCUGGUGGAGGUAGAAGGAACCCCUCAGGUUUGGAUGAGGGGUGUAAGUGUGUUGUGUCGCGGUCACUUGUGCUGGAGGACGACAGACAUGAGAGGGGACAUGCGGAGGAGGAGGCCCCAUCAGAGAUGACCACGCAGACGGGUCAGCCAGGGAUCCAGCGAGGAGUCAUGGUGAAAAGUGUCCCAAAGUGUGAAGACGCCAAGCCCCAUCUCCUGCCUGCAUGGGGACCCAGGCGGUGGGUCUACAUCGAUCGGGCCGCCAACGCCUCUCUUGGGAUCCGCAUCACUGGAGGAUCGGUGGCAACCCUGGAGUCAUCGGCAGAGCCCGUCAAGGGAAUUUUCGUUCGCAAGAUCCUCCCCGGGGGUCUAGUAGCUCAAAACGGUCAGCUCCAGGUGGGAGACCGCAUCCUCGAGGUGAACGGGCAUGACCUGCGAGACGCGAGCUUCGAGGAGGCGGUCGAGGUGAUCCGAGCCGCAGAGGGCUCGUUGUCGCUGCUGGUGCAGGGGUUGGAGGCGCCCGGGUGCAUGAUGCGCUUCCAGCACGGCUCGGACGGGGGGCAGCAUCUCUCGCCGAGGCGCAUGAGCGAGGACUGUCGGUCCGAGGCGGAGUCCAGCGUCACGAUUGACACGGAGAGCGAGGAGCCGGACGAAGACGAUACCCUGGAUGAGGAUUCGAACGUUCAGGUGAAGACGAGGAUCGAUCGGCGCAGUGCUGCGAACGUCCGCCUCCCGAAGGACGAGCGACACGCCGACUCCCUCGAGGAGGACGAGUUCGGCUACACCCCGCGGAAGAUACAGAUGAAGUAUGCGCAUCUGGAUGGGGAAUUGUUGGUCGUGGAGGUCCCAAAGAAUGGGCGAAGCUUGGGCAUCAGUCUGGCUGGGAACAAAGACCGAUCCAAGAUGAGCGUGCUCAUCGCAGGGCUGAAUCCCAAGGGCUGUGCCUUCCAGACGGGGAGGCUGGUCGUGGGGGAUGAGAUCCUGGAGGCGAAUGGCAUCGUUUUGCGCGGUCGGUCGCAUUUGAAUGCGUCGGCCAUCAUCAAGCAGUUGGGCACGCCGUACAUAAAGUUUAUCGUCUUGCGGAAGCCCGGCUUGGACGACCUGGCUGUCCAACCCCUCAAGUCCUAUCCCAUGGUGCGGGAUUAUAACAUCGGAGCGGACUUGUCGAAUUUCCCGUCCUCCCGGAACGUCACGCUCUACAAGGGGAAUCAGGGGAUCGGGAUCAUGAUCAUCGAAGGCCGACACGCCGAGUUGGGUCAGGGGAUCUUCAUUUCUGACAUCCAGGAUGGGAGCAUGGCGCAGCAGAUGGGGCUGUGCGUCGGGGACAUGAUCCUCUCGGUCAACGAGGAGAGUCUCUUGGGGGUCGACUACGACGAUGCGGUCCGGAUCCUGCGCAACGUCGAGGGGCGACUGGUGAUGCGAGUGUGCAACCCGUCCGAUGCGGCGAGCUCGCGGCAGCCGUCGCCGAGGCCGGUCUCGCCGUGUCUGGCGCCUGUGGAGGACGAGAAGCCGGAUGGACGUCGGAGGACUCCGACGCCCAUCCCGACGAUCCAGGCCCCUGACUCCAAUCCAUCCGCUUGCCCGAUCGUCUCCGAGUGGGAGACGCUGAUCGAGAUCAACAAGGAGGCGCAUCCUCUGGGGAUCUCCAUCGUCGGGGGCGUCAACUCGCCCCUGAGGUACAUUCUCGUCAACGAGAUCUUUUCAGGGAGUGCGGCGGAGCGAGACGGGCGGCUCCGCCCGGGGGACGUGAUCCUCGAGGUCUGUCGCGAGAAUCUGCGAAAUGCGACGUACGAGGAGGCGAAGUUUGCCCUCGCGAAUGCCCAGAUCCAGAAUCGGGUCCAAUUGCUGAUCUACCGGGAGAAGCUGGAGAACGUCUACCAGGAGUUCGAGGUCAAUCUGAUGCGGAAGAAGGAGAAGGGGCUGGGUCUGACCCUGUCGGGCCUCAAAGGAGGGAAGAAGGUCUUCAUAUGUGAUGUGAUGGAGGGGAGCGUGGCCAGCGUCGCGGGGGAACUCAUGCGCGGGGACGAGAUCAAGGCCGCCGGGGGCCGGGACCUCACCUGCCUGGGGCCCGAGCAGGUCGCCAUCGUCCUCAAGACCUUCUCGGGUCCCCUCCCGCUCACCGUGCGUCGACUCAAGAAACCCAAAUACAGCUCGGCUGUGUGACCUAUGCAAGAACUCGACCGUCGCCUGGACCCCAAUCAAAAUGACCUGGAUUCCUCCACGCUCGUAUCGAUGAUUACCUCCUUCCGUGUUUGCUAUCGUGACGACGGCCAAAGGUGCUCCUCUAGUCCUCAUCCUUUUAUCGUGCUAGUCGACUCCUCACUCAUCCUUUCUAGUCAUUCUUGAUAUUCUGUGAUGUCCAGUCUGUGUCAUGUGGGUGCAUGUACCCAGUACAGUACUUCCGUCGCACUUCCUAGAGUGCCGGUACUGACGAGAAACAAAGUUUGCUCAUUCGAGCCAAGCGUUUCACAUUUCCCCUCCAUUAGUCUGCCUCAGCUAUGCAUCCCCCUUCCGCCCCGUUUUAAGCCGUUUUAAGCCGAUCGUGUGAGUCAGUCCAUCAUGGCAGCUGUUCUCGUGGAACCGUCUGGCAGUUGUGGCAGUUGGGUAAUUCUUUCUCGAGUCAAUUCUCGUUAAUCUGGACUUAAGGGAACAGGGUUUUUUAUGUCUUGAUUGCUGAAAAAUUGAUCAAGGGACCUCUUCUCUCUUCAGGGUGAAAAGAAAGUGCAGUGUAUUGUGGUAUGCCUUAAUUUAAAUUUACUUCUCUGGUGCAUAGUGUUCAUUCAGCUUGAUGCACUUAAAGAUAUCCAUAAUUAUGCUUUGCUUCACGAUGUGAAAGGAAAGUGUUUUAUUUACUUUGUUAAAUAUUUAUUUCAUUAUUACAAGAGCAAAAGGGGACGGGGGAUCUAUCCCUCUCAGUGGCUGUUGAACUCCCAUUUUUAUCCUUGAAAGUCAGGAGCAAUCAGGUGGGAACGAUGCAGGGAACUUGGGAAUAUGACCAGUAUUAGCAUUCAUUUAGCUGAAAUAUAUUAAUUUUAGUUGAAAUCCAUUGCUUCCAAGACCCCAAUGUGGAUGGGGGGAAGUCUGAGGGACCACCACUUGGGGACCCAUGAUGCCCCAUGAUUCACCCACAAUGCCCUCAUUCACCCACAAUGCCCUCAUUCAUGCAUCCAGACCUCCCUGGUGUUUUUAGAUGCACCAGACCUUGCAGGGUUAUCAGGACCUUGUUGUGUAUGGCAUCCAGAUGAAAUGGAUAAUGGUUGUGUAGGAUA